AUGCCCUCGGAGCUGGCGGGUCUUCUGGACGGAGUCAACAUACCUGCUGACAUGGCAGGGCUUCUGGGCGCCACCAACGUGGCUGGACUGGCCGGACUGCUCAACGCUGAAGAUAUGCAGCACGUCAGCGAGGCUCUCCAGUGGGCCGGAGACUCGGAACGAAUGUUCAACGACCCCCGAUACCAGUCGCUUCAGAGCAUUGUGCUGUCCCCCGAAUUCUCCACCAUGAACGAACAGGAGAUGCGAAGCGUCAAUCAGGCCAUUGGGUCCAUCGCGGCCGAGUAUCACUCCAAUAACCCCGCCUGGCGCACCCGGAGCGACUGGGGGGACGACGACGACGAUAACGAUGACGACGAUACGCGAACCUUUAACCCCGCCAUGGUGGCCACCGGAGCCGGUAGCAGAACUACUGGUGCCUCCAGAAAUGAUGACGACGACGACGACGAUACGCGAACCUUUAACCCCACCGUGGUGGCCACCGCAACUGGUAGCAGCACUACUGGUUCCCCCAGAAGUGACGAUGACGACGACGACGAUGAUGAUGACGUCAACGAGAAGGCUAACUCUCAGAGUGUAGCCGUGAGCGGCCCCGGUAGUGCCCCUGCUGCCUCGGCCACUGGUGCUGCCUCUUCGGCUGGCCAGGCUGGUUCUACGGCCGCCUCUGCCGCCUCUUCUGCCGCCUCUGCCGCCUCUUCUGCCGCCUCUGCCGCCUCUUCUGCUGCCACCUCUGCCACUGCCGCAGUUGGUUCUGCCGCCGAUUCUGCUGCGGCCUCUGCCACCGCCGCAGUUGGUUCUGCCACCGAUUCUGCUGCGGCCUCUGCUACCGGCAAUGUUGGUGUUUCCAAUGGCGUUCCCAUGGCCGGUGCCGCCAUUGUUUUUGUUGCUGCUCUUCUUUAG